AUGCCCAUCAGCACCACCACCAAAAUGCAGGAGUUCGAGGCGGUCUUUCACCAGCUGGUGGCCGACCUCCGCGUCCUCUGUCUGGACGAGUAUCAGCUCCCCACGCGUGUGUGGGACCGGUAUGAAAAAUGCCUGAAUUACAACACCCUCGGUGGUAAAUGCAACCGCGGUCUCAGCGUCGUCGACUCGGUGCAACUGCUGCACGACGGCCGUGCACUGACACCAACCGAAUUCUUUGACGCCGCAGUGCUGGGCUGGCUAGUUGAGCUGCUGCAGGCGACGAUGCUGGUGCUGGACGACAUUAUGGACGAGUCACCCACGCGGCGUGGCAAGCCCAGCUGGUACCGCGUCCCGGAAGUGGGCAUGGCUGCCGUGAAUGAUGCAACGUUGCUCGAGAGUGCCAUUUAUAUGCUUCUCAAGAAGUAUUUUGGAGGAAGAGAAAUCUACCUCCCUUUGGUCGAGCUCUUCCACGAAACCGCCCUACAGAUCGAGCUCGGCCAGGCCUUCGACAUGCUUACUGCCGACGAAGGUGGCCCCGACCGAGCCACGUUUAAUCCCACCACAUAUUCCCAGAUUGUCACCUACAAGACCGCAUACUACAGCUUCUACCUACCCAUUGCUCUGGCCCUGUACGCUGCCGAUGCCGCCACUCCAGCCAAUCUGGUCGCCGCCCGCGCCAUCCUCGUUCCCAUGGGUGAGUAUUUCCAGAUCCAAGACGAUUACCUGGACUGCUUUGCCGACCCGACCGUCCUGGGCAAGAUCGGCACCGACAUUGUGGACGGCAAGUGCUCGUGGCUCGUCGUGCAGGCUCUGCAGCGUGCGUCCAUGGACCAAACCCGGCUUUUGGUAGAAAAUUACGGUCGUGCAGAUGGCGAGUCCGCCGUGAAAGCGCUGUAUACCGAGCUAGGGCUCGAGGAGGUAUAUCGCACGUUCGAGGAGGAGCGCAGUGCUGAGUUGCGUGAGCGGAUUGCCGCGCUGGAUGAGAGUCAGGGCUCGCGGAAGAGUGUCUUUGAGGAGUUACUGCGCAAGAUCUAUCGGCGGCAGAAGUAG